GAGCGCAGAGCGUGCCUGUGCUGCCAGAUUGAGAUGGGAAGCAUCAGCCGGGACGCGCCGGUAACUCCGGCAGAAUCGGACAGAGGUCGACAUGAGACACCACAGAACCUAAAAGUGAUGAUGGACGCCAACCAUGUCGACUACCGCUCUUUGAAAAGGGACUACCAUCACAGGGUAUUUGUAAACAGGAGCUUGGCCCUUGAGAAGAUCAAGUGCUAUGGGUUUGACAUGGAUUACACAAUAGCAACGUACAAGUCUCCACAAUAUGAGGAGCUGUGCUUCGAGUUGCUGUUGGACAGGCUGGUGUCUAUUGGAUACCCUCACGAGAUCCUGCAGUAUAAAUACGACCCCACCUUCCCCACCAGAGGCCUGGUGUUUGACACCCUCUAUGGAAACUUGCUGAAGGUGGACACUCAUGGAAACAUCCUGGUGUGCACCCAUGGCUUCAUGUUCCUUAAGGGGUCUGAGAUUCAGGACCACUACCCCAAUAGGUUCAUCCAGAGAGACGACAUUGACCGAUUCUACAUUCUCAACACCCUCUUCAACCUGGCAGAAACCUACCUGUAUGCUUGCCUCGUCAAUUUUUUCACCAACUGUACCAGAUACAUCAACUGGCAGAAAGGCUACAAACACGGGGAUCUCUUCAUGUCGUUCCGCAGCAUGUUCCAGGACGUCCGGGAUGCCAUGGAUUACAUGCAUGACACGGGUAUCCUGAAGGAAAAGACACUGAAAAACCUGGAGAAGUAUGUGAUAAAAGACCCCCGGCUACCCCUCUUGCUGAGCCGCAUCAAAGAGGUAGCCAGCGUCUUCCUGGCCACGAACAGUGACUACUGCUACACUGAUGCAAUAAUGACAUACCUGUUUGACUUCUCUCAAGACUCAACGCCCAGCACUCCAAAGAAGUCCUGGCGUUCUUACUUUGACCUGGUUGUCGUGGAUACGAGGAAACCACUCUUUUUUGGGGAAGGGACUGUUCUAAGACAGGUGGACAAGGACACUGGGAAGCUGAGGAUCGGUACCUACACUGGGGGUCUGCAGCACGGCACUGUGUACUCAGGAGGCUCCUCUGAUAUUAUCUGUGACCUGCUGCGGGUGAAAGGCAAGGAUAUCCUGUACGUGGGGGAUCACAUUUUCGGAGACAUCCUGAAGUCAAAGAAGCGUCAGGGCUGGAAGACAUACCUCGUGGUGCCAGAGCUGGCCAAGGAGCUGCAGGUCUGGACAGAGAAGAGCCAUCUGUUUGAUGAGUUGAAGAGCCUGGAUAUAUUUCUAGCGGAGCUUUACAAACACCUGGACAGCAGCAGCACAGAGUGCCCUGAUAUCAGUGCCAUCCGGACUCAGAUAAAAAGGGUGACCCAUGAGAUGGACAUGUGCUAUGGGAAGAUGGGCAGCCUGCUUCGCUGUGGCUCACGGCAGACUCUCUUCUCCAGCCAGCUGAUGCGCUACGCUGACCUGUAUGCAUCCUCCUGCCUCAACCUGCUGUACUACCCCUUCAGCUACCUGUUCAGAGCGCCGCCAGUGCUGAUGCCGCAUGAAUCCACUGUAGACCACUACCAGCUGGACAUGAGCGCGCUGGACUUAGCGCUAGCCAAUCGAGUGCAUCGACUCAGCAUGAAGAAAGAAGAUGAGGAAAGCAAGGAGGAAAAUAAGUGAUGCCUUGAUGUUUCCAUGGCAACACAGCUUUACCAGACAUUGAUGUUGACACCAAUACAGGAAUGCAGCAAGGGUCUGACCCUGUUAUCAGACUGGGGUCAUCGAAGCUGUUUGGCAGGCAGAUGCUGACCUCACAGCUCGGCAGGUUGUAUAGUGAUGGUGAAGCUGGGUUACACAUGUUGAUGUAUUUAAGAUCAGUAACUAAUUGGAGAAUAAGAACUGUGAAGUUAGGCGUUUUUAAUGAGAGAUGCUACAACGUCUGGCAUUGUUGAAAGGGUUUUCUGUGGUCUGGCUCUUCUCAGCCCACUCAUUCUAUUAGCAGUGCAAGUAUGAGUUUACAGUUGACAUGUGGUUUAAAGCAACUCUCUUAUCCAGUGCAGUCAAGAGCUUGCACUGCAAACCACUUUCCAUUGCAUGUCUCCCCUACACAGAAGUCUGAUAGAAAACUAACCUAGCCUAUAGAUACAUUGGAAAGGGUUACACUGGAGGGGUGUUAUGAACUGUGUAUAAAUAUCUUAGAAUACAACUGACGUUGGCUGAGCAAAUACAUGUAUAAACAAGCAACUAAAAGCUCACCGGAUUAGUGAUGAUUCGAUCAUUGUUUUCUUUACACUCAUAUUAAUAAGAAGGAUGGAAGCAUACAUCGGCUAGGCCCCUGGUUGAUGUAGAUUUCAGUUAAUGGUCUAACACUGCAUGCUCUGCGAAGGGUUUUUAACAUCAUAUUUAGUUUGUUUUGAAUUGAUGGAACAGGUUCUCAUUGUUUAAAGAGAUUCUCAUGUUCCUUAGCUAGUUUUGAUUUCUCUUGAUGUGCUUGAUUGAUA